CGACUGCGGAUGAUUUAUCACGUGUGCUCUUUGUGGGCAUUGAUAUGCUUGAUGCAUACAUCUCUAGCGUCUGUCAUAAAGGAUUCUAUUAAAUGUACUGAGGGUUCCGUAGCUGUCGACGUCGAUGAUUGUGCCAGCUAUUUUCAGUGUCUCGAUGAUGAAACAGUGCACAUGAGCUGUCCCAAUGGAAGUUAUUUUGAGGCCAAAAAUGAGGUUUGCGUGGUGGAUGAGUUUGAUGUCUGUCCCACUUCAAGAAGAAAAUGUUUCGAGGGCCAACUUUUUGAGGAUUUCAAUGAUUGUGCCGCUUACCUGAUGUGUUCACAUGGAAAGCUGGUAAUGAAAAGAUGCCCUAUUGGAAGUUAUUUUAAUAUAAUAUCGAAAAGCUGCCGCAUGGAUAGAAGAACUUUAUGUACACCCGAGAAGAAAAUAUGUUUGGAAGGAGAAAUAACAGUGGAUUCCGAGGACUGCGCCGGCUAUUUGGAGUGUGUCAAUGGAGUGGUUGAGAAGAAAAAGUGUCCCAGCGGAAGCUUCUUCGAAGCCAUUUUCAAACUCUGCCAGGUUGACGAGAAUGGUGUUUGUUCCUCUGCAUCGGAUCAAUGCAGUGAAGGGGAGGUUCAGGUGGACCCUAAUAACUGUGCUGGAUACCUAAACUGCCAAAGCGGAAAGCUGGAAUCUAAAAGUUGUCCCAGUGGCAGUUACUUUGAGCCCACUUACAAAACCUGCAUCGUCGAUGUGAAUGGCGUGUGCGUUGAGGCCCCAGCCAAGUGUACAGAAGGAGAGCUGAAAUUGGACCCCAAUAACUGUUCGGGAUACCUUAAAUGUAUCGGUGGUGAACUGGUGGAGGAGCAGUGUUCAGUUGGUACCUAUUAUGAUUCAAAAUUGGAAGCAUGUUUGGUAGACAGUGAGGGUGCUUGUGUCACAACCUUUAAACUUUUUAUCGAAGGAGUUCGGGAAGAAGAUCCCCAGAUAUGUAAAAAGUCGGAAGAGAAAUACAAGAUUGAUUAUACAGCGAGUACUGUUGCCGAUGUUCAUCAACAAACAGGCAGUACUGUUGCCGAAUUAUAUCACAACUCGAAAAGUAGAGUUGGUGAUAUCCUUCAGCAGACAGGAAGUACUGUUCCCGAUUUCCAGCUACAAACACAGAGUACUGUUGUUGAAUUAAAGCAAUCUACAGAGAGUACUACUGAAAAUUUGCAUCCACACACAGAGAGUACAGUUGGUGAUUUCCUUCACUAUACAAAGAGUACUGUUCACGAUUUCCAUCAAUAUACAGAUAGUACUGUUGCUGGAUUUUCUCAUAACACCGAUAGUACUACCGAAAACUUGCAUCCAUAUACGGAGAGUACAAUUGUUGAUAUCCAUCAGAAUUCAGAUAGUGGUGUUGCCGAACAAACAGGUAGCAUUGUUAAUGAAAUAUAUCAUUGCAGGGAGAGUAUUGCGAACAAUUUGGAGCAAUAUACGGCGAGUACAGUUGGUGAUUUCUUUCAGACUACAGGAAGAACUGUUGCUGACAUUGUUCACCAAACAGAGACUACUGUUGCUGAAUUAAAUCAAUCCACAGAGAGUACUACCACAAAUUUGCAUCAAUAUACGGAGAGUACUGUUGGCUAUUUCCAUCAAUAUACAGAGAAUACUGUUGCCGAUUUCUACCAUCAAACCGAUAGUACUGUUGGUCAACAAACAGGUAGUACUGUUGAUGAAAUAAAUCAAUCUUCUGGGAGUACAACUGUAAAUGUACAUCUAUAUACAGAGAGUACAAUUGGCUAUUUUCUUCAGUAUACAGAGAGUACUGUUACCGAUUUUCCAAUGCAUACAGAGAGUACUGUUGAUUUACAUCAGUUUACUGAGACUACUACGGAUAAUUUUCCUCAAUUUACGGAUGGUGAUUUCCUUCAGUAUUCAGAGAGUACUGCUGCCGAUUUAUAUCAACAAGCAAGUAGUAAUGUUGAUGAAUUUAUUCAUAGCACGGAGAGUACUACUGAAAGUACAGGAUACUAUACAGUCAGCACUGUUGCCGACUUCCAUCAAUAUGCAGAGAGUACUGUUACUGAAUUAAAUAAAUACACGGAGAGUACUACCGAUAAUUUGCAUCAAUAUACGGAAAGUACAGUUGGUUUUUUCCAUCAAUAUACAGAGAGUACUGCUGCCGAUUUCCAUGAACAAACAGAGGGUAUUGUUGAUGAGGCAGAUCAAUACAGAGAAAUUUCUAUCGAAAAUUUGGAAGUUGCAGUUGUUGGGUUGCCAUCUACUGAUGCAAUUCUGCAGAUACUCACAUCCAACAUAACCUGCGUUAUGGACGUAAAUGGAGUGUGUGUCGACCCACUUGCAAAGUGCACAAAAGGACAGAAGAAACUAGAUCCCAAUAACUGCGCAGGAUACCUUUUAUGCACUGAUGAAGGACAGAAGGAGGAGUUGUGUCCCAGUGGCUUCUACUUCGAUACCAAUUUGAACGCCUGUUUUGUGGAUAGUAGAGCUCUUUGUAUCACGAAUAUUAAAUUUUGCAUCGAAGGAGUUCGCGAACAAGACCCACAGGAUUGCGCUGGAUACAGACAAUGCAUCCGAGGCCAGGUCGAAAGUCGCAGAUGUCCCUUUGGCAGUUACUUCAAUGUUGCCGAAAGGGAUUGCCUUCCUGAUGAGCACAAAGUUUGUGUUAAGACGCAAGAGAACUCUUUCUCCGAUUUGCAAUCUAGUGAUUCCGAUCAGCAGGUAUUCCUACCCGAUCAAACCUGUGUAUUGGACUCCAAUGGGCUGUGUGCUGACCCUCUCCCAAAGUGCAGAGAAGGACAACUAAAACUGGACCCCAAUAAUUGUGCAGGUUACAUGAUAUGCAUCGAUGGAGUGUUGAUAGCAGAACUAUGUCCCAGAGGCUCCUACUACGAGUCAGAAUUUAAGGCCUGUUUGGUGGACAGAAGGGGCAUUUGUGUCACUAAUAUCGAAAUUUGUGAUGAAGGUCUUCGCGAAGAAGACCCCCAUGAUUGCGCAGGAUACAGAGAAUGCAUUCGGGGUGAGGUCCAAAAUCUAAAGUGUCCUUCUGGAAGUUACUUUAGUGUGCUCCAAAGAGAUUGCCUUAUUGAUCUGGAUGAGGUAUGCGUGAAUACGGGAUUCAAAUACUACGAGAAUUACCUUCUACAUCAAUAUUAGAAGAGUCGACUUUCCAGUUAGCAAUUGUGGAGGGCUCCUUAGUUUUAAAAUGAAAAUAAAAUGCAAGCGAA